AUUUCUGUUCUUGAAUUAAAAAAAACAAGAGAUUGCUGUAUUCUAUGAGCUAUAUCCACAUGGGUGCUCUGCCCCACAUGAGUCCCCAAGUCAAUCCCCCAUAUGCUGUGCAGCAGCUUCCAGUAAAAUGCCAGAAUAUAAAGGAAAACAAAUCACAACCACCAACUCUCCCAUGUGUUUCUUUCUCUGUGGGUAUUUUUCUUUCCACUUGUAGUAGAUUGAUCAUAGGUUCAGCCAAAAAACAGCUGAUGGAUUGUUUUGAUAAUGACCCUUUUGAGCCCUUAGCCAGUAGGGAAGAAAAGGUGGAUGGUGUUCAUCAGCUUUUAGAGGAGGGUUGGUUCUUUGGGAAAUUGCUUACCAGAAAACCAAGAAAAUCAUCAUUAAUGCAGAGGUGUUACUCUGAUCUUUCUCCAAACUAUGAUCAAGCAAUUUUAGUAGAGAAUAGUCCCUGUUUAGACAAAUCUUCAUCAAAGAAAGUUGUAGGUAAGUUGACUCGUGCACCAUCCUUGCCACCUUGUAUAGGCAGGAGAGAAGAGAAAAUUGAAGAUAUAAAACUCACCUGCAGACAACAACCCAUUAAAUCAAUUGCUUGUAAAGAAGGUAUUCAAGAGAAUAGGAGGAGCAAAGGGAUCACAGGGCAACCAUCAAAACCCACGUUACUUAGAACACCAUCUCUACCGGCUAGUAUGGGGAGGGAUGAAGAAGGAGAAGAAGACGACAGUGAUAUUACAAUGAGCAGAUUGAUUCGCCUAGCAAUGCCUCCUCGUCAAACUCCAAAGGGCAUAACACAAAGUUCCAGCAUACCAAGGUGCAGGCCACCAAGAAACUGGAAGCUGGAAACCAUAGAUACAGUUAAAGGGAGCCUAAAGGAAACAAGGAAUCAAGGAUCCUCUAAUCAAAGAACUAUGCAGAGAAGCCUAAGUAAUCUGGAAUCUCGAGAAGUACAAGGAUUCAAGGACUUGGGAUUCCCCGGUUUGCAAGGAAAGAAAACACAAAACCGAUAUCAUCAAGACCAAGAUGUAGUGAGGAGGAGUCCUUAUCCUUCCAAGGCAUGGCAUGUGCCAAUGCAAGGCUGUGCACCUCCAGCUCCCAUUUGGGCUGCCAAAGGUUCUGCACAAGAAAUGAAGGCGCAACUCAAGUGUUGGGCCAGAGCAGUGGCCUCUAAUGUGCGCUAAAUUUGAUGGCCUAAACUCUGAACUUUUAGCAAAGACUCUGACAAUUAGUCGCUGUUAGCUGAUUCAGUUUUCUUGGUCUUGUGAAAUUUUAACUCCAUAUUGCUCUAAUAAUUUGGAGAUUCGAUAAAUCUGUAAAAUAAAUAAUUCAUUUUUCUG